AUGGGUCAACAUGCGAAAGCAACUGAAUGGCUUAAGAAAUUAAUUAAUGAUAUUUCAGUGCAUUCAUCACCUUUUUAUUACAUUAUAGUAGCGCAUGCUUAUAACCAUUUAGCAGUUGCCUAUAUACAUCAAGACGAACGUGACAAAGCAUUAGAAUGUUUCUGUACCGCUUUAGAUAUAGUGUCAAACAGUACCAGUCCAGAUAAGAUGGGAACUGCAACACUGUACAGUAACAUUGGAGCGGUAUAUAUAAAGCAAAAGCGUAUUUCAGAAGCUUUGGAAAUGUUUGAAAAGUCUCUUGAAAUUCAUUCAAGACUUGUUCCUUCUAACCAUCCUUCACUUGCUUCACUCCACAACUCUAUCGCGACAGCUUAUAUUUUCCAAGACGAUUAUGAUGAUGCGCUGGAACAUUACGAUAAAGCACGUCAAAUUCAGUGCAGUUCUCUUCAGUCACACCAUCCGGACAUAGCUGCAGUCUAUUACAAUAUAGCAACGGUGCUAUUGAAAAAGGACGACUUAUUGAAAGCAUUAGAAAUGUACAACAAAUCUCUAGAAAUGCGACUAAAGAUUCUUCCUCCAGAUCAUCUAGAUAUUGCCGCAUCGUACACUGCUGUUUCACUUAUUGAACAAAUAAGAGGCAACUAUAACGAAGCACUAAAAGGUUUUAAUCAAGCACAUCAAAUUCGAGUGAAUGAUUUUAAAAACUAUCAUGUAGAUAUCGACGUCAUCUACAAAAACUUAGCGGAAGCAUUUAGAGCAGAAGAUGGCUCUUUUGCCAUUCUAAAACAACCCUCAAAAUUAAUGGAAGAAGCGUUGAUCCAAGUAAAAAAAGCACAGGAUAUGCUUACAGCGUAUCAAAAGGUCAAUUUUCCAAAAAUUAUGCAAGAUCUGAUGGGCAUUGACCUUAUAAAGAAACAGAUUGAAGCGAAUGUCUAUCCUUUACCCUAA